ACAUGUGUUUGAAAAAGAAGCAAAUCUGAAAUCUGUAGACAAGAGAUUAGAAAGUCAAAUCACAGUUUGGAAGGUGGAAGGGCCGUGAGAGCCGAGCAGGAAGGUGGAUUAUCUGUGCAAGGAUGAGCGAGCGUUGCUAGAGAUGACCUGUGCUUCUCCAGCUGGAGCUGUCUGAAUGAAGCUAUGGGCUGUGCCUCCGCCAAGCAUGUGUCUACUGUUCAAAACGAAGAGGAAACUCAGAAGGGCAAGAACUACCAGAACGGAGAUGUGUUUGGGGAUGAGUAUAGGAUCAAACCAGUGGAAGAGGUCAAAUACAUGAAAAAUGGGGGAGAAGAUGAUCAGAAAAUAGCAGCCAGGAACCAAGAAAACUUGGUAAGGAUUGAACUUAUCACUUCUCUAAUGAACUAACUGCUUUUGUGAUGGAAUAUGC